UCCAAAGCAGAGUGUAGAAAAUACCAGACACAACGAAUAGAGAACAAAAUAUCGGAAAACCUCGGGCCUCAAUUUGAAGCAAAACAAAGACAGAGAGAGGUGGAGGAAUAUUUGUUGUACGGGAUGGUCUUAAAGGCCGGAAAAACCCCAAAAAUAUCAUGUUUGAACAAUUUACUUAUUACUUUCCAAGCACUGAUAAAUUGUACGUUGAUUUAGAGAAGUGAUUUAUACUCUAGUCAAACAAUGCGUGCUGUCAGGUGGUUUGAAACGUGGAAUACGAUUCCACCAGAACGUGGCGGCGCAAAUCGGAAUGCUGAUUUUUCAUAGUGACUACGUUUGUCGUGUUGUUUGAUCGCGUGAAAUCAUAUUGCUCGAGUGUAAAAAAAAAAAAAAAAAAUGGAAAAAAAUUCAUUUAUUAAGUUAUUAGUUCCAUUUGUUUUGGCCUGCUUAAGCAACGAGAUGAAGGUGUGCGCAGAACCGACAAGUGAUGACGUGCUCAGCCAUGUCAAACAAGAACAACAUUGGCAAGGCAUGUGGUUCAUGUCGUUCGAGAGCCGUGUCAUGUGGGGACCUAUAUGUAGAAUAUGGGAUGAAAAUAAAAACACAGUGACCAGGUUGGAUAUGGUAUCGCCGUUGAUGGGAUGCGCUUAUGGAGUGAAACUCAAUUGGUUUCUCUUAUUGGCGCUUGAAGCAAUCAAUGAGUAUGGCAACACGAAAGGACCGGACAACGGCCACGCCGAUAAAUCGUUUGUCAAACUCGAAGACAGUAUCGAAAGAGGUAGGUCAGUUAUAGUACAUUUGAUGGGCACAUUGCAGUACAUCGAUACUAUAAUCGAGAAACAUGUCGCUGACAAUAUAUUUCACAACAUUCUGUCAGGUCUUGAAGAUUUCCUCACGAUAAAAACCCCCGUAGUGUAUACUGGACUUAUACCGGGAGGUUUAUGUAUCAACGAUAUGUUCAAAAAAGUUGCCGGCGACUUAAGAAACUUAUUGAUCUCUAAAUGUUCACCAGACUUUCAAGUACCGGUUACCGACUACCAGUUAUACAGUAAAACGGCAUUAACCGGUAAAUAUAAUCCUAGAAUUCACCCAAAUAGAAUGUUGGACUUUUACACAUACCUGUUAGAUUCAUGCACCGGGUACAUCAGCAGUCAUUUGAUCCGACUUGGUUUUUAUUAUGACGUGCCCACACAAAAAGUACUCUUUGAUCCUAACCGAGGUGGCCAACAAGCAGUUCCAAUCAGCCCUGCAGAAACAUAGUUAUUGCAUACUGAUGUACAUUGUUGUGUCUUUCAGUAAUUACAAAUGUUUUUUUAUUUAUAUAAAUUGUAUCCGUAUUAAAAUUUUAAUAAAAUGUAUUUAUUUAUGCCAUUUAAAUGUGUU